UGCAUGUGCGGAUUUCACAAGAAGCGUGUGAAUAAGCUUUGCGCUCGUUUGUCGACAUCUGCUGUCAGGAGCUUCACCGAGCACGACCAUCAUCCUCCUCCUCAUCAUCCUCCCCACCCCUCAACCUCUCCCUGCGGGAACGACAAUAUCCAGCUCUUAACAUUCCCAAUUUGGAAUUGCAAAUCCUCGCCAAAGGACCCAGUUUGAGCGGCAUAGACCACAUUCUUUCAUUAAUGGCGUCAGAAACGCGUCUUACGCUCGCGUUAUUGUACAGGAGGUAUGGCGGCUAAUCAGACGCUCUGUGAAUCCGCAUCAGUCAGAUUUUCAAUGAAUGCGUUUGAUAUGAUUAUAAUAUUAUAAUUUAAGCAUAUUAACGAUCGUUAUUAGUCAUUCAAAAGAUGCAUAUUCGCGCAUACGGUGCACAAAUUGCCUAAUCAAAUCGCAGGUGUUGUUGCGAACAGGAUUAAGCGAUGAAAUUCAAUUUCAAAAUGCAUGACGGAAUGGACAGCCUGAUUUAAAUGCACUGGUUGCAUUGGUGUGCGUUUGUGAUUACUGGAUGCUGAGGAGUCUGGGGAGAGUUUGAGGUGGUCCACACCCCUUCAUUGUUCCAGCCAUGUCCCCUCCAGCAUCCGCUGCGACAGCCAGUGAGAGCAGCACCACCACUGUGUUCGAGGACGACCCAGAUGGCACUAGAGAGGAGCAGAGGCCUGUGAAACAGUCACUGAGCAAGUCCAUGUGCAGAGAGGUGUUCUGGAAAUGCCUGCUGCUGUCUAUGCUCAUGUACGGUUGCAUGGGAGCCAUGGUGUGGUGCCAUGUCACCAAGGUCACCCGGUUGACCUUUGACAGUGCCUACAAAGGGAAGUCCAUGAUGUAUCAUGACAGUCCCUGCUCUGAUGGCUACAUCUAUAUCCCCCUGGCCUUCCUCAUCAUGCUUUAUGUCAUAUACCUGGUGGAGUGCUGGCACUGCCAUGCCAGAAAUGAGCUUCAAUAUAAAGUGCACGUGGAUGGGAUUUACGAAAGAGUCCAGAGGAUGCAGCAGGCCAAGCCUUGCAUCUGGUGGAAGGCGAUCAGCUACCAUUACGUUCGGCGGACACGGCAUGUCACAAGGUACCGCAACGGAGAUGCAUACACAACCACACAGGUGUAUCACGAGAGGGUGAACACACAUGUAGCUGAGGCAGAGUUUGACUACGGCCACUGUGGAGUUAAAGAUGUCUCCAAGCAGCUAGCUGAACUGGAAAAGUCAGCCAUCACCAAACUGAGGUUCACUAAGUGCUUUAGCUUCGCCAAGGUGGAGUCCGAAAACUCCUAUUUGACCCAACGGGCAAGGUUCUUCACCGACAAUGAAGGAUUGGAUGAUUAUAUGGAGGCUCGGGAGGGGAUGCACCUAAAAAACGUAGACUUCAAAGAGUACAUGAUUGCCUUCUCCAACCCCGACCACCAUCCUUGGUACUUCUCCAACUACGUCUUCUGGACAGCGGCCUUUCUUACCUUAUCUUGGCCGUUACGGGUGCUGGCGGAGUAUCGCACGGCCUACGUCCAUUACCGUGUGGAAAAGCUCUUUGGAGCUGACUACAUACCUGUGACGCCCUGUGACGAGAGACCUUACUGUAGACGCAUCCCAAGGGUCAACACCAUCGACAGCACCGAACUGGAAUGGCACAUUCGCUCCAACCAGCAGCUGGUGCCCAGCUACUCUGAGGCGGGUCUGAUGGACCUGGCACAACGUUCAGGAAGCGUCAGGCAGAACUGUGAACGCUGCCAUCGUGCCAUCAGCAGCUCCUCUGUGUUCUCCCGCAGCGCCCUCAGCAUCUGCAAUGGCAGUCCACGGAUCCCCUUCAGUGGGAGUCGCUGCUCCUUGGGAAGACUGUACGGUUCCCGCCGCAGUUGCUUCUGGAGAAGCAGGAGCGUCAGUCUGGACGAACCAGAGAGCCCCAGCGAGAACACGCGAUGCCUGUCUGGACAGAUCAAUGUUGACGAGGAAGAUCCACCACCCUACCAGGAUGCAGUGUACUUCCCGGUGCUUAUCGUCCAUUGCAACGAGAGCUGCCCCAAUCACCGAUCCUUCCAUAGGAACAGCUCAUGUGUGGAAACGUCUUUAUGAUAGACCUCUGACCUCUGAAAGAUUUUCAAAAGACGUGA